AUGCAGUUUCUCAGCACCGUCCUCCUCGGCGUUGCCGCCCUCGGCGCCACCGUCACCGCCAUCCCCGCAGAGCUCAAGGCCCGCAUCCCCGCCGGCGUCUCGUACAAGGCCAUCGACCCGAGCGAGAUCCCCGAGUCGGUCAAGCUGUCUGCCACCCUGAGCAACUCGACCCAGCUCGACGUCCGCGGCCUCGAGAAGCGCGCCGACCACGGCGUCUUCCUGUGCACCGACGCCAACUGGGGCGGCCACUGCGUCCACAUCACCUCGCCCGCUGGCGUCUGUGUCCCUCUUGCUAGCGACCUGAACGACCAGGUCAGCGCCGUCGGGCCCGAUGCCGGCGGUUACUGCCGCUUCUACUUCAACGCUGGAUGCACCGACGACAACGGCUGCUUGCACUUUGACCUGACCAGCCCCGGCAUCGCCGACCUCAACCAGCAGCAGUACUGGGUCUGCGGCCAGCCCGCCAACAACCCCAACGACCGCGUCACCAGCUACCAGUGCUGGGACCAGUAA